GGCCGGGCCCUCUCCGGCUCUUGCUCUGACACCGCCCCCCAAAACCUCCCGGCCCACUUCUGUGGCUGAUGUUUCCUUUGCCCCUCACCCGCCUGCGGCUAUUUAUAGUCCGGACAGAGCUUUCACAGCCCAGACUUCAGAGGAUGCUGGAGCAGCGCGCAGUUGCCAGGUUUAGAGAAGUGCCGAGGGGUUCGCAUCCGGCCGCAGCCAGUGUGGCCCAGGCAGUCCCUGGCUCCAUUUCCUGCAGCCCCCAGCCGGCCUCCCGGCCCCUCAGCCUCGCAGUGGGGGGAGCAGGACGUGGUGGCGCGGGAGCCAGGUCAUCAGGAUGGAGCCGCCGCCGCUGAGGAAAGCUGGCUCCCGGCAGGAGGAUGGCUUUGGGGGGCCGCCUGGGGGGGUCGCCGCCAUGGGCAUGGUCCCCAACCUCCGGCGCAGCAACAGCAGCCUCUGCAGGAACAGGAGGCCGCAGUUCCUCAACAACUGCGAAAAACAAGCAAACCUUAGCUCGUGGAUUCCUGAGAACAUCAAGAAGAAAGAGUGCGUGCACUUCGUGGAAAGGUCCAAACUGUCGGAUGCUGGGAAGGUGGUGUGUGAGUGCGGCUACACACGUGAGCAGCACCUGGAGGAGGCCACCCGGCCCUACGCCUUCCUGAGCAAGGAGUGGGACCUGAAAAAGCACGUCCGGGAGAUGCCGACAGACGCCUUUGGUGACAUUGUCUUCACGGGCCUGGGCCAGAAGAUGGGAAAGUAUGUACGAAUCUCCCAGGACACCCCCCCCAGCGUGAUUUACCACCUCAUGACCCAGCACUGGGGCCUGGAUGUCCCCAACCUCCUCAUCUCGGUGACGGGUGGGGCCAAGGACUUCCACAUGAAGCCCAGGCUGAAGAGCAUCUUCCGAAGAGGCCUGGUCAAGGUGGCCCAGACCACAGGUGCCUGGGUUAUCACUGGGGGCUCCCACACGGGCGUCAUGAAGCAGGUGGGUGAGGCGGUGCGCGGCUUCAGCCUGAGCAGCAGCUACAGCGAAGGAGAGGUCGUCACCAUCGGAAUUGCCACGUGGGGCACCGUGCACAACCGGGAGAGCCUGAUCCACCCCACGGGCGGCUUCCCUGCUGAGUACGUCAUGGAUGAGGAAGGCCAAGGGCACCUGACCUGCCUGGACAGCAACCACUCCCACUUCAUCCUCGUGGACGACGGGACCCACGGCCGCUACGGGGUGGAGAUUCCCCUGAGGGCGAGGCUGGAGAAGUUCAUAUCGGAGCAGACCAAGGAGAGAGGGGGUGUGGCCAUCAAGAUCCCCAUUGCCUGCGUGGUGCUGGAGGGGGGGCCCGGCACGCUGCAGACCAUCUACAACGCCGUCACCCACGGCACCCCCUGCGUGAUCGUGGAGGGCUCGGGCCGCGUGGCCGACGUCAUCGCCCAGGUGGCCAGCCUGCCCGUCUCCGAGAUCACCAUCGGCCUGACCCGGCAGAAGCUGGGCUCGCUCUUCCCGGAGAUGUUUGAGACCUUCACGGAAAGCAGGAUCGUGGAGUGGACCAAGAAGAUCCAAGACAUCGUCCGGAGGCGGCAGCUGCUGACCAUCUUCCGGGAAGGCAAGGACGGCCAGCAGGACGUGGACGUGGCCAUUCUGCAGGCCUUGCUGAAAGCCUCCCGGAGCCACGACGGCUUUGGCCACGAGAACUGGGACCACCAGCUGAAGCUAGCGGUGGCGUGGAACCGCGUGGACAUUGCGCGCAGCGAGAUCUUCACGGAUGAGCGGCCGUGGAAGCCCUCAGAGCUGCACCCCAUGAUGACCGCCGCCCUCAUCGCCAACAAGCCCGAGUUCGUGAAGCUCUUCCUGGAGAACGGGGUGCAGCUGACGGAGUUCGGGACGUGCGACACGCUGCUCUACCUGUACGAGAACCUGGAGCCCUGCUGCCUGUUCCGCUACAAGCUGCAGAAGGUGCUGGCCGAGGAGCCCGAGCGCCCGGCACCCCGCCUGCGGAUGCACCACGUGGCCCAGGUGCUGCGGGAGCUUCUGGGCGACUUCUCGCAGCCGCUGUACCCCCGGCCCCGCUCCAGUGACCAGCCGCGCCUGCUGCUUCCGGCGCCCAACCUCAAGCUCCAUGUACAGGGAGUGAGUCUCCGGUCCCUGUACAAGCGCUCACCAAGACACGUUGCCUUCACCAUGGACCCAGUCCGAGACCUUCUCAUUUGGGCCAUCGUCCAGAACCGCCGGGAGUUGGCAGAAAUCAUCUGGGCUCAGGGCUGGCGCUUCCAGACCGCUGUCAAGGAGCCCUCCCCCCACUGUCCCCGCAGAGGCUAUGGUGGCCUUCCCUGCUCCUCCGUGGCUCGGGGAGGUUUGCCCUCCCACAAGAGCCAGGACUGCAUCGCGGCAGCCCUGGCCUGCAGCAAGAUCCUGAAGCAGCUGUCCAGGGAGGAGGAGGACACCGACAGCCUGGAGGAGAUGCUGGCGCUCGCCGACGAGUACGAGCAGCGAGCCAUCGGGGUGUUCACCGAGUGCCACCGGAAGGAUGAGGAGCGAGCUCAGAAGCUGCUGGUCCGUGUGUCGGAGGCCUGGGGGAAGACCACCUGCCUGCAGCUGGCCCUGGAGGCCAAGGACAUGAAGUUCGUGUCUCACGGGGGCGUCCAGGCCUUCCUGACCAAGGUGUGGUGGGGCCAGCUCAGCGUGGACAACGGGCUGUGGCGGGUGGUCCUGUGCAUGCUGGCCUUCCCGCUGCUCGCCACCGGCCUCGUCUCCUUCAGGGAGAGGCGGCUGCAGGCCGUGCGGGGCCUGGCCCGCGUCCGCGCCUUCUUCAGCGCGCCCGUGGUCAUCUUCCACCUGAACACGCUGUCCUACUUCGCCUUCCUCUGCCUCUUCGCCUACGUGCUCAUGGUGGACUUCCAGCCCUCGCCCUCGGGCUGCGAGUGCCUCAUCUACCUCUGGCUCUUCUCGCUGGUAUGCGAGGAGCUGCGGCAGCUCUUCUGCCCCCCCGACGAGUGCGGGCUGGUGAAGAUGGUGCUGCUGUACCUGAGUGACUUCUGGAACAAGCUGGACAUCGCCGCCAUCCUGCUCUUCAUCGUGGGGCUGACCUGCAGGCUCAUCCCGGCGCUGCUCUACCCCGGGCGCGUCAUCCUCUCUCUGGAUUUCAUCAUGUUCUGCCUGCGGCUGAUGCACAUUUUCACCAUCAGCAAGACGCUGGGGCCCAAGAUCAUCAUCGUGAAGCGGAUGAUGAAGGACGUUUUCUUCUUCCUCUUCCUGUUGGCCGUGUGGGUGGUGUCCUUCGGAGUGGCCAAGCAGGCCAUUCUCAUUCACAACGAGAGGCGUGUGGAGUGGAUCUUCCGAGGGGCCGUCUACCAGUCGUAUCUCACCAUCUUCGGGCAGAUCCCGGCCUACGUUGACGGAGUGAACUUCAACCUGGACCAGUGCAGCCCCAACGGCACGGACCCCUACAAGCCCAAGUGCCCCGAGAGCGACUCGGCGCGGCAGGAGCCCGCCUUCCCCGAGUGGCUGACGGUCCUCCUGCUCUGCCUCUACCUGCUCUUCACCAACAUCCUGCUGCUCAACCUGCUCAUCGCCAUGUUCAACUACACGUUCCAGCAGGUCCAGGAGCGCACGGACCAGAUCUGGAAGUUCCAGCGCCACGGCCUGAUAGAGGAGUACGAGGGCAGGCCGCCCGCCCCGCCCCCCUUCAUCCUCCUCAACCACCUGCACCUCUUCCUCCAGAGGGUCGUCCUGAAGAACCCCGCUGAGAGACGCAAGCCGUUCAAGAGCAAGCUGGAGAAGAACGAGGAGGCGGCGCUCUUGUCCUGGGAGAUCUACCUGAAGGAGAACUACCUUCAGGACCAGCAGUUCCAGCAGAAGCAGAGGCCGGAGCAGAAGAUCCAGGACACCAGUGAGAAGGUGGACACCAUGGUGGACCUGCUGGAAAUGGCGCGUCUGAAGCAGUCGGGCUCCGUGGAGCAGAGACUGGCCUCCCUGGAGGAGCAGGUGGCCCAGAUGGCCAGAGCGCUGCACUGGGUCGUGAGAGCCCUGAGGGACAGUGGCUUCGGCUCCGAGGAGGGCGUCCCCACCCUGGCACCCCAGAAGGCCUCAGAGGGGCAGGACCCGGAGCUGGACGACGGGCAGAGAGUGGAGGACCCGGGCGACGCCUACCACGUGAAUGCCCGGCACCUGCUCUACCCCAACUCCCCGGUCCUGCGUUUCCCGGUGCCCAACGAGAAGGUGCCCUGGGAAACGGAGUUCCUCAUCUACGACCCGCCCUUCUACUCGGCCGACAGGAAGGACAAGGACCUGGUGGACCCUGUGGGAGACACCUGGGAGCCUCUGUCCAGGAUCAGCUUCAACGCGGUGGAAGGGCACCUGGACCGGCGCAGCUUCCACGGGGCCUACGCCCUGCGGGACGGCUUCCCGCUGAACCCCAUGGGCCGCACGGGGCUGCGGGGUCGCGGAGACCUGGUCUGCUUCGGCCCCAACCACACGCUGCAGCCUGUGAUCACCCGCUGGAAGAGGAACCAGGACGGAGCCAUCUGCAGGAAGAGCAUAAAGAAGAUGCUGGAAGUGCUGGUGGUGAAGCGCUCCCUGUCCGAGCACUGGGCCCUUCCGGGGGGCUCUCGGGAACCAGGGGAGACGCUGCCCCGGAAGCUGAAGCAGGCCCUCCGCCACGAGUUCUGGGCUUCCUUCGAGAACUUGCUGAGGCAGGGCGCUGAGGUGUACAGAGGGUACGUGGAUGACCCGCGGAACACAGACAACGCCUGGAUCGAGACCGUGGCCGUGAGCAUCCACUUCGCAGACCAGAGCGACGUGGAGCUGAAGAGGCUGAACUCUCACCUGUGCUCCCGCGACCCAGGGCUGUCCAUCCGCUGGCAGCUGGUGGACCGGCGCAUCCCGCUGUACGCCAACCACAAGGCCAUCCUCCGGAAGGCAGCCGCCUUGUUCGGGGCUUACUACUGACCCGUGGCCACCCUGGAGCUCUGCAGGGGCCGGAGGGCUGGUCCGUCCACAGCCACUGGGAGACGUGGGACAGAGGCUGAUACCAGCCACCUAGGCACACGCAGCCCUGAACGUCCAGUGGGCGAGGGGCGCUGCCCGGGUACCGCCUGCCGCCCCUCAUGGCCAGCUUGUGAAGCAGAAGGCACAGGGUGCCCAGGGAGGAGAGCCGAGCAGGCCAAGGCUGGCUCUGGCCAGGUGGCAGCGCCUUGGGGUUGAGGUGGCUGCUGGGACCCCAGACAUUGCUGCCUCUCCCAGCUGACGGUGGUUGUCCACCCUCUCCUGGCCACGUCGUAGGAGCAACCACAAGGGGUGUGUCAGCCCAGCUGCACCUCCGACAGCGUCAGGGUUCCCUUGCGGCCUCCUCCUCCUCUGGCCCAUGCCCUAGAGAAGCCCUCCAGCGUGACCCAGCGUGGACCCUCGCCUGGCCUGUGGCGGCCACCAUGGGGCCCGGGUCCCUUGGCUGUCGGGGCUGAGCCCCUCCGUGGACCAUCUCCCGAGAUGCAGAAGUGUCUGCCUGUGUUUGGCCCCGGGCCCAGGCCGGGGGGACGCAGAGGCACAGGCGGCGGGGGCUCCCUGAACACGGCAUCCCCCGCCUCUCCCCCGUUGAGCCCAGGGAGCCGUGGGGGGUGGGUCUGGUGAAGGGGGCACCCAGUUUAGCAUCAGCAGCUCACAGACCAUCAGCAUAAACCGUCAGGAGCCGUCAGGACCUGGAAUGUUGUAAAAACCCGACAUUAAAUUGCUUCCCAAACCA